AAUUGGCUGCCAUGGAUAAACUUGGUCGAAACCUACCAGUACCCUCUGCGAUCGACUCCUGUCUUUUCCACCAUACUGGUCCCGAAUCAGGACAACACUGUGAUUGAGUUCCUGAUUGGCUUGAUCUCCCGGCAAGAGAAGUCCGUCCUCUUGCUUGGUGAAUCGGGCUCCGCGAAGACUGUUAUCGUCAACAAAUAUCUGAAAUCUCUGAGGCCCGAGGAGAAUCUGUUUCAUGACUACAACUUCUCAUCUGCCACAACUCCAGCCCUCUUUCAGGUACACUCGGACUUCACGUCCAGGAAUGCAUGCUUCUGGCCUGUGUGCGGUUAG